AUGGUACGGUCCCAGGUGGUGCUUAGGAGUUCCAUUCAGGGGGCGGAGCCUCUGCCUCUGCUUUUAACUCGUUCUUUGCCGGCGAGGAGCUCGCAACCCCGGGGAAAAGGGGUGGGAUGCUGUGAACCGCUCUGUGAUUUUCAGGGCGAAGGGCGGCAUAUGUUAGUAAAUAACCACAACAAUAACCAUAACCUGCUGGGCAGGGUCCCCCCGCCACCUCCGUCCUCCCACUCACAGUCUGGCUGCUGGGAUCGGGUGGGCAGCAGGGAGGCGCUCUGCACGUGCUCAGAGGCGCAGCCACCACCCAGCAGGUUCCGGGGCGGAGGGGGCGCAUCGUGAGCGGGAGCCCCGCCUGGGGGCCGUCUGGCCGGCUGCCGCGUCUCCGCCCCGCCCGGGGCUGCCGCUUGUCCCCGUCCGGAGGAAAGCGCCGCCGCCACGACAGCUGUUGCUCCGCCGGCCCGAGGUAAACGGGGGUGCGCGGCGGUGGGGCCGGGCCGGGAGUCCCUGGUGGGGCGGAGCCGCUUUUGUGGGGCGCACAGAUUUCCGUCCCGACGAGACGCAUUGAAUUCCGAUCGGGGCGCGUCUGGGGCUCUCCCUUGAGCUGGCCUGGAGGAGAUCCCCCCUGUUUCUUUCUCCCACCCCAGCUUCCUAUUCAGAAACAAUCGGGCCCCGCCUGCCUUGCACCUGCGGGCUCCCGCGUCACGUCGGAAUGGCGCCCUGGACGCGCGGGGGGCACCCCGGGUGCCCAAGGGCGUAGCACCCAGUCAACCGAGCGGGCGCGCUUCUCUUCCCCCGAGCCGGAGUCCAGCAGAGGCCGCCUCCCUGGAGCAGGUGGCAAGGUCAGGCCUUGCCCGACUCUCGUCAGCCCCACACGGCCAAAGGUCAGGCAGUUCGGCAGCAUUGGAGGGCGCCACGUUGGCUACCGCUGCGAGGCUCUCCGAGCAUCUCCCAGGUCUGAGAAGCCCCGAGCUGGAAGCGGGUUUGGGUCCCGCGACCCUCUGGGUGUCUCCUCCCAAUCCGGAUUACAGAAAGUGUCCUCCAGCUGAGUUCAGACCCAUAAGGCAAAGACCACUGGGCAAUCUAGGUUAGUAUUGUCUGCACUGACUGGCAGGUGGGAGGACCAUCCCAGUUUCCCCUGGAGAUGUUUGAGGCUUCAACCAGAGAAGGGCCGUAGCUCAGCCGGAGGACACCUGCCUAGCAUGCAGAAGGUCCCAAAUUCAGUCUCCAGGCAGGGCUGGGAGAGUUCUGCUGCUGUCAAUCAGUGUAGGCGAUACUGGCUAGAUGGCCUCACUCUGUAUUCCUACGUUCCUGCAUGCAGAGUGGAUGCUGAUAAUGCUGAACUGCUUGGGGCUUCUUCCCCCAAAACCAUGUGAUUUGUUCCUGAUAAUUUUCGCUGUGUGUUGGCCUUCAAGACAGCAGUGUCAGCAUUUCAGGAGAGAAGCCUUAGCUCAGCCGCAGAGCCUGGCUUCGUGUGAAGAAAGUCCCAGGUUUGGUUUCCAGCACUUCCAGUUUAAGGAAAAGGGCGGGGUUGGGAAGGCUCCCUUUCUCCUCUCCUAAGAUAAUUCUAGAGAGCUCAGCUGCUGCCAGCCACAGCAUGCAAUGCAAGGCUCAGUGGGGAAGUAUGCUUCGCAAGUGAGGAAGAUUUUUCAGUUUGAGGGCCGCAUUCCCUUCGGGAAUUAAAUUUCUAUACCGCCCUUCACUCCAAGACCGCAGGGCUGUUUACAAUAUAAAAACACAAAAAUCAAAAUAUACAAAAAUACAAAUAAUACAAGAAGAAGAAGAGGAGUUUGCAUCUGAUAUCCUGCUUUAUCUCUACCCUAAGGAGUCUCAAAGCGGCUAACAAUCUCCUUUCCCUUCUAUGUGGGGCUACCUUUGAAGGUGACCCGGAAACUGCAAUUAAUCCAGAAUGCGGCAGCUAGACUGGCGACUGGGAGCGGCCGCCGAGACCAUAUAACACCGGUCCUGAAAGACCUACAUUGGCACCCAAUACGUUUCUGAGCACAAUUCAAAGUGUUGGUGCUGACCUUUCAAGCCCUAAAUGGCCUCAGUCCAGUAUACCUGAAGGAGCGUCUCCACCCCCAUCAUUCUGCCCCGGACUCUGAGGUCCAGCACCGAGGGCCUUCUGGUGGUUCCCUCGCUACGAGAAGCCAAGUUACAGGGAACCAGGCAGAGGGCCUUCUCGGUAGUGGCACCCACCCUGUGGAACACACUCCAAUCAGAUGUCAAAGAGAAAAAUAACUACCAAACUUUUAGAAGACAUCUGAAGGCAGCCCUGUUUAGGGAAGCUUUUAAUGUUUAAUAGGCUAUUGUAUUUUGGUGUUUUGUUGAAAGCCGCCCAGAGUGGCUGGGGAAACCCAGUCAGAUGGGCGGGGUAUAAAUAAUAAAUUAUUAUUAUUAUUAUUAUUAUUCCUCCACCACAACAAACACUCUGUGAGGUGAGUGAGGCUGAGAGACUUCAGAGAAGUGUGACUGGCCCAAGGUCACCCAGCAGCUGCAUGUGGAGGAGCGGAGACGAGUCCACCGCUCUAACCACUACACCACACUGGCUCAUAAGAUAGAGACUCAAGAGAUUGCCUUGCCAGCACCCUCAGGGAAGAAGAAGAAGAGUUUGGAUUUGAUAUCCCUUGCGCACCAUUGUUCUGGGUUGUUCCUUCCUCCUUCGUUGUGGUGAGUGAGGACCCUGUUGCAACAGAUCAAUAAAGAUCAGGCUGACUAGCUGCUUUGCUUCUCAAUAUUCUCUGGUUGGCCUCUGUUAUUUUCUCCUACCAAAAGGGAACCUACGUAAGGACUCUAUGGGCUCUUCGAUACCCCAUAAGGAAAAAAAGGGCAGAUUUUUGUUUACAACAAUUUGCAUCUUUUAGAAAAAGAAGGAAAAGAAGGGGGGGGAAUGUAAAUUAUGGGCAUGGUGAAAUACGAGAAAAGAAAUUGCAUCAAUAUAGAUUUUAUGAUACGAAGCGUAUUUGUUUUCUGUGGUCUGCCUUGCCAACUGCCCCAUCAACACAAUUGCUCCUAAGAGGCUGUUUCUGGUUAGUACAGCAUGAAUUUUUAAAAAUGUAAUAAUUACAGUUAUUUAUAUAUAUUGGUCCUUUACUAAUAAUCCCAGCGUGGUUUGACAUCCAACCCAACCCUGCUUUUUCAAGUGAAAUAUGGGUCUGUCUGAAAUGCCAACAUUGUGGCAUGAAACCCCAGAGAACAUGGGCAGGAAGGCUACUCACUGGAGAAGACAGUGCACUCUGCACAAACUCAGAGACCCUCUCUUCCAUGGCUGUACUUAAUGGGUCCCAGGGCUGAGCCCAGAGGUUGCAAACUCGGAGUAAGUCCUAAUUUUGAGAGCCACUGGCACAGCUGACCCUUCCCUCCUUCAUUCCUUAACUUACUUUUUAAAAUGGGUCUCUCUGUGGGCAGCUGCUGAGUUGAAGUAGGUUUGAACUGGGCAGCCCCUUGGUCUGCGGUGCUUUCAUUUAAAAAUAUAUAUUAAGUUCCUCACACAACCUUGAUGGCAGAAAGUGAGGAGGAAUUAAAGAACCUUUUAAAGAGGGUGAAAGAGGAGAGCGCAAAAUAUGGUCUGAAGCUCCACAUAAAAAAACCAAGAUCGUGGCCACUGGGCCCAUCACCUCCUGGCAAAUAGAAGAGGAGGAAAUGGAGGCAGUGAGAGAUUUUACUUUCCUGGGCUCCAUGAUCACUGCAGAUGGUGACAGCAGCCACAAAAUUAAAAGACACCUGCUUCUUGGGAGAAAAGCAAUGGCAAACCUAGACAGCAUCUUAAAAAGCAGAGACAUCACCUUGCCGACAAAGGUCCGUAUAGUUCAAGCUCUGGUUUUCCCAGUCGUAAUGUAUGGAAUUGAGAGCUGGACCAUAAAGAAGGCUGAUCGCCGAAGAAUGGAUGCUUUUGAAUUGUGGUGCUGGAGGAGACUCUUGAGAGUCCCAUGGACUGCAAGAAGAUCAAACCUCUCCAUUCUGAAGGAAAUCAGCCCUGAGUACUCACAGUGUUCUCAAAGCUACCAGCAUGAGUUUGACCAAACUGCGGGAGGCAGUGGAAGACAGAAGUGCCUGGCGUGCUCUGGUCCAGGGGGUCACAAAGAGCCAGACACGACUAAACAACAACAAAUCCUGUUGCUCACAGCCUUAACCCAGCCCUUGUGACCCAGAUUAGAGCAGGAAGUUACACUCCUUUAAUCCAGCUGCUGGUUUUGCAUUUUGGAGGAGUUUUUGCUCUCCUCUAUAAUUGCCUGGGCUGACUCACAGUGCCUGCCUGCCCGCCCUGCAAGCCCUUCCCACCCCCACUCUCCUUGGGACUUGGCCAAGCCUUUGUCCGAACCAUGUGGAGGGCACCAGGUUGGGAAAGCCUGCUUUAAGGGCAUGCAAAAGAAAAGGGGGGGGGGUGUUUUUCUGUGCAGAAUUUCAAGUAGCUCCCUUGGUCUACUUCACAUUCUUCUCCUCCUCCUCCUCCUGCUCCAUAGGCAUCUGUUUGCUUCUGGCAGAAGCCCAAACCUCACCUGUGUUUUUGCUUCAUGCUUCCAUUCUUUGCCAGGACAGGGGGCAGGGAUUGAGAAUGCUGGAAGUUUCAGGACAGAUAAAAUGAAGUAUUUAUUUGCGCAGCACAUAGUUGGGUUUUUGUUUUUUUUGUUUUUGUUAGUUUUAUUUUUGUCUGUGUUUCGCUGGGUAUUACAUUAAUUUCAUUUUCAUAAUAUGCUCUUAUUUUUUUAUGAAAUAUUCUCUUGAUUUACAAAAGUCUGUGCAGUGUAUCUCUCUUGUAUAUUCCCCCUCCCCCCAUGUAACAUUUUUACAAAUCAGUUUCAUUUGUUGAGACAUUGGGAAGAAAAGGGGGAAAGAGGUAGAGAGGGGGAGAUGUGGUCGUGUGGCGAUGUUUCUAUUUUGCUUAAUGUAUGUAGGAUUUGCUGUCAGCGUCGCUUGUGCAGGUUCUCUGCUGUUCGCUUGUGUUCCUUUGGUGGUGAGAGAGGUUGGGGUUGGCCAUGGGUGGUUUUUUUUUGUGAUUGGCUGUUUUGGUCCUUGUUUUCAUGUGUGAGUGGGGUGGGUGGGUGUUUUGGAUCAGGUCAGCCAUAUUGAUUUGUAGAGAAGUAGAGAAGAUGGGCAGAGAUGCAGAGGCUUGUGGGCUGUUAGCAGAAAUUAUUGUCAGUGACUCAAGCCCAGUCAAGCAAGGCUUUCAUCGUGGACACAAUGGCGUGUUCCAUUUUUCAUAAUUCCUCAUAGCAAUCCCACCUGACCGGAGGGUGCCUCCUUGGUUCUGGCCCUCCCCAAUUCCCCCCACAGUCAAAAUCCAGCACAGCUGCUGAGUCCCUUGCUGACCUUGCAGAGAAUGCUGGGGCUCUGGGCUGCCCAGGUGUGAUCCUGCGCUUGAGGCCGCAUGAGGCAUCUUGGCCAGUUGUCGGUUUGCCUUUGGCUACCAGGGAGAUCCGGCCACAACUACAGCUCUUCCGUGACGCUGUAGCGGCCUUCACUCUCCUCCUUGUCUCCUUCCCAGGCCUCCUGAGGUUUUUCCUGCUCGUUCCGCCUCGGCCAUGAAGCCCCAUGUCACCUACCACCAGGUAAAUCCUUGCUUGCCUAAAUCGGGUGUGUCCAAAGGGAUGGAUCACACUAAACAGUUGUACCAGCAGGAGCCAGUGCAAAGAGUUCCACUGCUCCCCCAGAACAGUGCACAGGGGGCAGGAGGGAACCUCGUUCUGUUUGGUACCCUCAAGAGCUGGGAUAACUCAGUUGGGAGAACGUGAGUCUCUUAAUCUCAGAGUCGUGGGUUCAAGCACCACACUGGGCAAGAGAUUCCUGCGUUUGAAGCGGGCUGGACUAGAUGACCCCAGGGUCCCUUCCAAUGCUAUGAUUCUAAGUGCUUGCAUUGACAAUCAUAAAAGUGCGACACUGAACUCCUCCCAAAGGCUGGACGUACAGCAAGUGUGUCCCUGCCCCCCAGCCUAAUGAAUGAAUGAAUCUUAUUAUUUCGGUCACAGACCAGUUCCAGCCCACAUACAAUAUCAAGGAAGUCAUAAAACACGAUAGGGAUACAUUUGAAUUUGAAAUUAGGUAUAACAGGGACAAAACAGAUAUAGGAACAGUUAAAAAAUAUAUACAUUAAAACUUAGUCAUUAACAUAUAACCUAAAAUUAUCAUUUCAAACCUUAAUCAUUAUGAUAGCACAGCUUGUUCCCUAAGUUUUAUGGCAAUCGCACAGAAUUUAGCUACCCUUAAAGUGAUCUCAGGCUCCUUGUCCCCUACCAGGGAUUUUAGACAGGGAUCCAUUUGGAGAUUUUUGCAUAGCAGGGGUAAUAAAUACCGAGCAUAUAUCCCCAUAGAAAUGACAGCAUAACAAGGCAUGAGAGACAGCAGCCUAAUGAUUUGUUUGUUUAUUUUGUAAAAUAUAUGCACUGCUUUUUUGCAAAAGGGAAAAAGCCCUCAAAAUUUGCAAAAAAAGUUAAAACCAUAACAUUAUCAUCAUUCAUCAUUUUUAAUUUGUAUACCGCCUUUCUAUCUUACAGUACUCAAGGCGGUUUACGCGCUGAAGAAACAAAAAAUGUACAUCUUAUAACAAUCUAAUGCAAUACAAAAAUGUGAUAAUAAAACAUAACUUUAAAAUAGGCAACCUACAUCAAAAAAGUAACAUUCAAUAAUAAUUAGAAUAUUAUAAAAUAAUAUCAGCAUAUAAAAGUUAAACAGAAAUCCACUCAACAGUUACAAUAAUAUCUAAACUAUAAACAAUAAAACGGCAAGCCACAGUACAUAAAACAAUACAAUACGCAUUGAGAAGCAGAGGAUAGAGCAAGGCAGGUGGAAGGAGGCCUUGCCUGAUGGAGUCUCUCCCCUCACCGUAAGGGAAAUUAACAGCAGUGAUUUAAGGCUCUCAAAAAGGUAAAAGCACCAAGUAGGGUAAAAACAGACUAGAGCUCGCAUCUCAGGGUUGUGUGUUCAAUCCCUAUGUUGGGCAAGAGAUUCGGGGUCCCUUCUAACUCUACAAUUCCAUGAUCACCAUUCUAAGCAUCUGGACAGGCUUGUCUAAAGGAAGAUGCUUUCAGCAGGUGCCGAAAAGAGCACAGAGAAGGCGCCUGCCUGGUGUCAAGAGGCAGGGAGUUCCGAAGGUUGCAGUCUGCCACGCUAAAAGGUCAAAGUUCUAACAAAGGCAGGACAGGGAUCGUGUUGCAUCUGUGACAGGGACAGGUCUGCCAGUUUCCUCCCUUUCCUCUCGCAUCAGCUCCACUGUGAUGAAUGGGAGCCGGGGGAGCUAGUUGCGCAAGCCCCAUUCCCCUUGAGGAGGCAGGCCUCCCCCUCGUAAAUGUGUGGGGAAAGGGGAAGCCAGCUGGGCUUCCUGCCUCCAGCUCUGACGUGGGGCUGGAUGUCCGCAAAGGGGUCGCAGGUGAGUCCAUCUGCACACACGGCGGAUCCUGAGAUCCUGCUGCCUGGAGUUCCCAGGGUGUUUCAUCUCUCCGUUUCCUUCCUUUCAGCUGAAGUCGCUGCACAGCCCUGAGGAGCCCCCACUGACCCAGCAGCCCAGCUUGGCUCCAAAGAAGGUUAGUCUCCUCCUCUUCCUCCCCUUCCAGGUUCUGGUGACGAGCCUGAGCUGGGAUAAAGUCCCAUCUCCCCCCCCCCCCUCAAAACACACCUCUCAAGCCAUGGAAAAAGAGGCACAGUCCUAUAAAUGGAUCAAUAACUGGUUAAGGAACAGUUUGGCCCACAGAAGAAUGCAGAAACUGGAGUCCCCCAAAGAUUAGCAUUGUGACCUGUGCAGUGGGGACCCCCCUUCACUCCAGACCUGGGUCUGGCUGCAAUUAUUAUUAUUAUUAUUAUUAUUAUUAUUAUUAACCCUGCCCAUCUGGGCAGCUCCCAACAGAAAAUUAAUAAUAAUAAAGUGAUAAAACAUCAAACAUUGAAAACUUCCCUAAACAGAAAUUAUUAUUAUUAGUAGUAGUAGUAUACUGCCCUAUACCCACAGGUCUCAGGGCGGUUGACAAGAUAAAAUUGCAAUAUGAAAACAAAAAAAUACACAAUCAAAAUAAAAACAAGAACAACCCAAUAAUCUCCGGCUUCCACAACACAUUUCAAAAGGGCACUGGAUGUCAGUCAGCCAAAGUCCUUGUUAAAGAGGAACGUUUUGAAUCAGCAUACACAAAUUUAUUGGUUGAUAGCAUGGUAGACAGAUAAUGUAAAGAUAUGUAUAAUUUUAUAACAUGCAGAGAAUAACAUGUGCUGAGAAAUCAGAGAGGAACUGAGGGAAGUUGGGGGGAGGGGGUUUGAGGGGGUGGUGGGAAAAAAUGGGGAAAGAAUAAUGAAUAUGAUAUGUUUUGAUAUUUUGCUUUGGUGAAAUUGUUAACAAAAACCUUAAAAAGAAGUAGUGCCGGACGCCCAUUUCCGUCCCUCUUUCUCCUUCGCAGGACUUCCGCUGUAUCCUCGUGGUGGCCAUCCUCUCGACGAUGCUGGCGACCGCCCUCCUUUUCCACAUGUUCAUCCUCCCCUUUCAUGGUCUGACCUCGGCAGGGAAGGAGGCGGCUGCCGGGCCUUACCUGGGCAACAGGUGCAACGAUCCCUGCAGGUGAGGGCUCUGCCUGCGGCGAGGUUGUUCUGGGCCUCUUCUUGGCACAGUUAUUGCCCUUGGAGGGGGUUAAGGUUAAGGUAAAGGUAAAGGGACCCCUGACCAUUAGGUCCAGUCGUGGCCGACUCUGGGGUUGCAGCACUCAUCUCGCUUUAUUGGCCAAGGGAGCCGGCGUACAGCUUCCGGGUCAUGUGGCCAGCAGGACUAAGCCGCUUCUGGCGAACCAGAGCAGCGCACGGAAACGCCGUUUACCAUCCCGCCAGAGUGGUACCUAUUUAUCUACUUGACUUUGACGUGCUUUCGAACUGCUAGGUUGGCAGGAGCAGGGACAGAGCAAUGGGAGCUCACCCCGUCACAGGGAUUUGAACCGCCGACCUUCUGAUUGGCAAGUCCUAGGCUCUGUGGUUUAACCCACAGCACCACCUGCGUCCCUGGAGGGGGUUAUAAUGAAUUACGGUAAUUCAAUUUGUAUAAUGCCCUGUGCCCAUAGAUCUCAGGGUGGUUCACAACAUAAAACGACAAUAUGAAAAACAGAAAUGGCAUAAUAAAAAAUUUAAACAAAGCAUGAGCUGCUUCUCCACUGAGACUGUGACUUACGGAGUAAAUGCUGUUCUUUUUUCUUUUCUUUUUUUCAUAAUAUUUUUAUUAAAUUUUCAACAAAAAUAACAAAAACAAAAAACACACACUAACAAAUGCAGUAACAGCCACAAACAAAGAAAAAUAUACAUAAAAACAAUAUCAAAUCCCGUGAUUUGCCUCCCCCACCUCACCCCUGGUUCCUUAAAUUUUCUUUUCUGCUGUGUAUCAUUUCUACUCCAAAUUAGUAUUUUUUACCUCAGAUUCCUAAAAUUACAAGUGUUUUUAAAAUCCUUCCAAUGUAUUAACCUGUUUCCAAUACUUUUGCAAAUACAUAAUAAACAUUUCCCAUUCUUUUUUAAAUUUCUUGUCAUUUUGAUUUCUGAGCUUUCUGAUUAGUUUCGCCAUUUCAGCAUAGCCUAUUAACUUGGGUUUGCCAGUCUUUUUUGGUCGGGACUGCUUAAACGUUCCAGAGUAAACGCUGUUCAACUCUCUGAGAUUUAUAGCUGAGGGACAGGGCAGCGCAUGGGGGCCAUGUGGAAAUCUCUGGAGGCCGGGAUGGCGAUAAGCACAAUUCAUUCUCAGCUUGGCAACCUUGCAAAAAGAAAAAGGUGCCUAGACUAGGGUUACCAGACAUCGCCUGUUCCUGGGGACAGUCCUCGGAUUUGCCAAUCUGUCCCCGAACAAACUCCGUCCCCGGAAUGUCCCCAGAUUUGCAAAUCUGUCCCCGGGAAAUGUGGCAGCCUCAGCAGCCUGGAGCCAGCCUCAUAGCGCAGUUGGCUCUGGCUGGCUUCAGGAGCUGCUCGCUGCUGUGGCGCCCACCAUUUUUCCUCAGCAGAAGUCCCGAUAUGAUGUGUUGCACACAAGACACAUCAUAUGUGUACUUCCAGUGAGGAAAAAUGAUGGGCGCCACAGCAGUGAGCAGCUCCUGAAGCCAGCCAGAGCCAACUGCGCUACCAGACUGGCUCCAGGCUCCUGACUGCCGCUGCUGCCACCACUGCCAAAGGGGAACUGGAGACGUCCGGUGGUACAGAUCUCCUGCCCCCUUCCUCCUUUGUUUUGACUGAUAAGGGGAGGCUCGGGAACUGUGGGUGGGCGGGCGGGCAUUGCCCAGUUUUUAAAAAACUCUGUACAUUUAUGUUUCACAGGGUGCGAAAGAAGGGCUUUGCACCUUUAUACAAUAUGCAUGUUUGCUUGGGUCCAGGGUCUUUUGCCUCACCAUCCCCACUACUGACUCCCCGUUGCUACACAGCUUAAAAAAACAAAAUAGUGUCCCCGGAUUCAUUGAAAAAAAUCUGGUAGCCAUAGCCUAGACAUUGCAUUGUGGCAACUGUAAUCUGGGUUUUAAGGUGUUGUUUGGCGAAUAGCUUACGUAUCUGAGUUUCUAACCCUGCCUGCAAUAAUAAAACACCCGAGAAAGUUUAGAUUGGCAUGCACACGGUUGUGAAUCAUAGCUGUCAACUUUUCUUGUGAGGAAUCCUAUUCGGAAUAAGGGAAUUUCCCUUUAAAAAAGGGAACAGUCGACAGCUAUGUUGUGAAUCUUCCAGGCCAACCAACCUGCAGCCCAAGGAGACUUGCAAGGGGAGAGGAUGUCUUGCCCCCCCCCCACUCUUGCAAAAACUGCCCUUCCUCUCCUCUUCUUCCUCCUCAGGAGUGUCCUGGUGGAGAGCAUCCCCGAGGGUCUGACGUACGACGACAACAGCACCCUCAACCCUUCCAUCUUCGACGCCUGGAAGACCCUCCUGGGAGACGCCAGCCGCAGUGUGGACAUCGCCUCUUUUUACUGGACCCUGAGCAACAAGGACACCGGUACCCAGGACCCCUCGGCCAGCCAGGUGAAGAGCUCUCUCUGGAAACGGCCUGGGUCAAGGGCCAUCAUGGCUCAGGGGUGGGGGGCACCAGAGGGUCCUGGGUUCGGUCCCCGGGGGCAUCUCCAGGUGGGGCUGGGGGGGCAGCCCAUCUGACACCCUCGAGAGGCGCUGCUGCUGCUGCUGCCAGCUGGUGCAGGCAGUCCUGAGCGAGGUGGAGCGCUCUGUGCCCGCUGCUUCCUUUGCUGUAGAAUGGCUUUCCGAAGGGUUGCUCUGCCUUCUUCCAGCAAGCCUUCCCAGGGGUUGCAAAUAGGAAUAUGGAGUCUUUUCCACACUGGCCUGGUGGAACGCUCUGCCUCAUGAGACCAGGGCCCUGCUGGAUCUGAUUUCUUUCUGCAGGGCCUGUAAGACAGAGUGGUUCUGCCUGGCCUUUGGCUUGGAACCAGCCUGAUCCCCUCUUUCCUUUUCCUUCUGUGAUGGAACCCCUAUUUGGGGACUUCCCUGGCUUUUUUCUGGCCACGUAGGACCAGUCUGGAUAGUUGGCCUUGGUGAAGAUUUGACGUUUUCAUCCCCCCAAACAGUUUUUGAUCAGGGCUUCCACCGAAAUGAGGCUGCAUUUGAAGUAGUAUUUUAAUUUUGUUUUUAAGUUGUAUCUUAGGGAUGUGGGUGGCGCUGUGGGUUAAACCACAGAGCCUAGGACUUGCCGAUCAGAAGGUCGGCGGUUCGAAUCCCCGCGAUGGGGUGAGCUCCCGUUGCUCGGUCCCUGCUUCUGCCAACCUAGCAGUUCGAAAGCACGUCCAAGUGCAAGUAGAUAAAUAGGUACCGCUCCGGUGGGAAGGUAAACGGCGUUUCCGUGCGCUGCUUUGUUUUGCCAGAAGCGGCUUAGUCCUGCUGGCCACAUGACCCAGAAGCUGUACGCCGGCUCCCUUGGCCAAUAAAGCGAGAUAAACGCUGCAACCCCAGAGUUGUUCGCUACGGUCAGGGGUCCCUUUACCUUUACUAAGUUGUAUUUUAAUCAAUUGGUUUUAUACCUGAUAUUAGCCGCCCUGAGCCCGGUCUUGGCCGGGGAGGGCGGGGUAUAAAUAAAAUUAAUAAAUUAAUAAAUAAAUACCCAGCACAUUCCCUAUUUCAACACGAAAAGUACCCCUUGGUUGAUCAAUCCAGACAGCCCCCCCCCCGGCUGCUGCAGCUGUUUUUUUGUGGUGAAGUUAAACCAUUCACUCUUACGUGUAAAACGAAGCCGAAAUGGGAUCCGUAGUAUUUUAUGUACUGUAUUUUUUGCUGUAUAAGACGCACCAGACCACAAGACGCACCUAGUUUUUGGAGGAGAAAAACAAGAAAAAAAUAUUCUGAAUCUUAGAAGCUAGAACAGCAAGAGGGAUCGCUGCGCAGUGAAAGCAGUGAUCCCUCUUGCUGUUCUGGCUUCUGGGAUAGCUGCGCAGCCUGCAUUCGCUCCAUAAGACGCACACACAUUUCCCCUUACUUUUCAGGAGGGAAAAAGUGAGUCUUAUAGAGCAAAAAAUACGGUACUUAUCGCAUUUCUAGCUCACCUUUUUUCUCCAAGGAGCUGUCAUGGUCCUCCUCCUCCUCUUCCUCAUUUAAUCUUCCCAGCGACCCUGUGAGGUAGACCAGGCUGAGGGUCAGCAACCGGCCCAAGGUCACCCAGUAAGAUUCAUGGCCGUGGGGGGUGGGAUUUGAACCCUGGUCUCCCAGAUCCUUCUCCAACACUCUGAUCCUCACAACAGCCUUGUGAGGUAGGCCAGGCUGAGAGGCAGGGACUGGCCCCCAAGGUCACGCAGGGAGUGGGGGGUUUGGACCUGGUCUCUCCCAGGGCCUAGUCUGGCUCUCUAACCACUACACCACACUGCCUGCUGGUGUGUCUGAAAAGGUGGCUGCCUGCCUGUGCCAAAAUAUGCAGCAGCGAAGGCACUCAGCGCCUGGCAGACCCUGUCAAACCCGCUUGCAAACAGGCAUCUAAUUGCCUGGGGUGGCGGCGCCUCCUUCAGCCUCUGUGCCCAUCAAAGGGCCCUUUGAGGAAAGCAAAACAUCCGUUUUUCGCAUGUCGGUCACGGCCUGCGCCUGCGGGCGUCUUGGAGAGGCAGGCGCUAAAUCGCAGAGCCUCCCAAGUUGCAGAUGAUCUGAAAAAGGCAGCUCCAAACACAAACGCAGCGUUGGAAAUUAUUACAUUGGGGGGACAGUGGCGGUUCAGUGGUUAGAGCAACCUGCUUUCCGGGGCAGCCGAUGUAGUGUCAUGUUUAGAGGGCUGGACUUGGACCCGAGAGAGACUAGGGUUCGAAUUCUCGCCCCUUGCCCCUGCAGGUCACUGGGUGCGACCUUGGGGGCCAGUCACUCCUCCCGGCCGACCUCACAGGGUCGUUGUGGGGCUUCAAUAAGAGGAGGAGAGCCAUGGAUGUUGCCUGGAGGUCCUAGGAGAAGAAGGUGGAAUAGAAAAGUAAUAAAUGUGGUGGAUGACAGGUUCAUCCCCCUGGGGGCGACUGGGAAAGGCUCCCCAAGCCUAAACCCUGGGGAGCUGCUGCCAGCCAGUGUGGAGCUAUAUGGGCCAACGACAUGUCCCAUAGGCAGUGUAUUUUGCUUUGAUGAGCAUUGAACACAAAGCCUCCCUGUGGGGUCCGGCUUGUUAGAGAUUUGGCUGGUGGCUGCCUGGCUCUCUCGUCAGCAGGGGAACAAAAUGGGUGCCCCCCCCCCCAUGCACUAGCCAACCUGAGAUCUAAGAUGCGCAGUCCUGGCUUGCAGCCUCAAAACAGUUGCAAACUAAGAGGAUUUAGCCUCUGGCUGGAUGAGGGGCACGUUUUUGAAGAGCUCAGCUUCCAGUUUCCCCAUUUGGGUGGGUAAUGUGCAAAUUCAUGAUGUUCCUCUCCUGCCCCCAAAAUUCAAGAUGUCUCUAUCCCACCGCAAAACAGAAUCAUAGAGUUGCAAGGGACCUCCAGUGGUCAUCUGGCCCAACCCGCAGUUGAAGGACUCAUCCCAAACCAUUUGAAAGGGUUCAAUCGGCGGGACAGAUCCUGCACCUGGGAAUGGGACGGCCUGUCCAGGAAGGGCCCUGUUCACCUGGCCUGGAUCGUGGCCGCUGACAGACCCCUCCCUUUUCCCACAGGGGGAGGAAAUCCUGGCAGCGCUGAGGGAGGUGCCCAGCAGAGGCGUCACCUUGCGGAUAGCCGUCAAUCCUCCUUCCUCCCGGAUGCCCUGCUCUGACCUGCAGCCACUGGAGGAGAGCGGUGAGAGAGAGAGAGAGAGCGCGCCCGGAUUUCAGCACGGGGGUGGUGAUGGGGGGCGGGGUCUCCUUUCUGCACCCCCGAAAAAGACAGUAAUAAUAAUAAUAAUAAUAAUAAUAAUAAUAAUAUAUUCUUUACACCCUGCCCAUCUGGCUGGGUUUCCCCAGCCACUCUGGGCGGCUUCCAACAAAAUAUUAAAAACACAAUAAAACAUCAGACAUUAAAAACUUCCCUAAACAGGGCUGCCUUCAGAUGUCUUCUAAAAGUCAGAUACAGUGGACGCUCGGGUUGCGAACGUGAUCCAUGUGGGAGGCACGUUUGCAACCUGCAGCGUUCGACACCCGCAGCGCCGCGUCUGCACACGCGCGGUUUGUGAUUCGGUGCUUCUGCGCAUGUGCAAAGUGCGAUUUAGUGUUUUUGCGCAUGCACAAGUGCCAAAACCCGGAAGUAACCCGUUCUGGCGCAGUGCGCAACCCAAAAACAUGCAACCUGAAAUGUCUGUAACCCGAGGUAUGACUGUAGUUAUUUAUUUCCUUGGCAUCUGAUUUUACUGAUGGUUUUAAUGCAACUACCAAAAAAAAGGGGGGGGGGAGAAUUCAGAAAGGAGGGACAGGAAUUCAAUAAGAAAAGGUGUAACGAAACAAAACAAAAGAUGCAUGUUUGGAGUUAUGUAAUAAUGGGGGAGAUUUAAUAAAAUCCAGAAUCAAAAGGCUUUGAAUUCAGGGGCUGCUUUAAGCUUAGAAGAUGACAGAGAUGGGUAAAAUUAUGUAAGAGACUUUCCCCCCUUGCUUGUAAUGCUAGGACAAGGAGCCCCCCCACCAUAGAAGGGGCUUUCUCUUGCAAGAGAUUCAGGCCAGACCUACUGAAAGGGCUCAAUUACUAUUGGUCGCUUGCAGGAUCAGAGAGGCAGGUCCUCGCCCCGAGGAGCUUACACUCUUAAAACCAAGUGUAUGGGCUGGAUUUGCGGGCGAGGCUGUAAAAGGUGCUGAGAACUAGCAGCUCCCUUCCUUGUCUUGUUCCCAAACUCCUCCAGGCGCCCAGAUCCGCAAAGUCAACUUCCCGGAACUGACCGGGGGCGUCCUGCACACCAAAUUCUGGAUCGUGGACCAGCAACACAUCUUCCUUGGCAGCGCGAACAUGGACUGGCGUGCCCUCACCCAGGUGAUGCCCGCGACCCUCAGGGAGGGGUGGGGGCCCCCUGUCCUGGCCUGUGAGGCUGGGGCCAGGGUUAUUAUCUUUACGGGACGGUUGGGACCUGGCCUGAUAGUUUCUGUAGUCACCUGCUAGAGAGAGUCCACCUCUCUCAUCAGAAGUGGGGGCUCAGGGGUUCCCCUCGGCUGCAGCAGCACCCCAGUUCCGGAAUGGCUUCCCCAAGGAGGGAGGGAGGGAGGCCCACCUGGAGGCCAACAUGAUGUUGUUGUUGUUUAGUCGUUUAGUCGUGUCUGACUCUUCGUGACCCCCUGGACCAGAACAUGCCAGGCACUCCUGUCUUCCACUGCCUCCCGCAGUUUGGUCAAACUCAUGUUAGUAGCUUCGAGAACACUGUCCCACCAUCUCGUCCUCUGUCGUCCCCUUCUCCUUGGGCCCUCCAUCUUUCCCAACAUCAGGGUCUUUUCCAGGGAGUCUUUUCUUCUCAUGAGGUGGCCAAAGUCCUGGAGCCUCAGCUUCAGGAUCUGUCCUUCCAGUGAGCACUCAGGGCUGAUUUCCUUCAGAAUGGAUAGGUUUGAUCUUCUUGCAGUCCAUGGGACUCUCAAGAGUCUCCUCCAGCACCAGAAUUCAAAAGCAUCCAUUCUUUGGCGAUCAGCCUUCUUUAUGGUCCAGCUCUCACUUCCAUACAUCAUUACUGGGAAAACCAUAGCUUUGACUAUAUGGACCUUUGUCGGCAAGGUGAUGUCUCUGCUUUCCAAGAUGCUGUCUAGGUUUGCCAUUGCUUUUCUCCCAAGAAGCAGGCGUCUUUUAAUUUCAUGGCUGCUGUCACCAUCUGCAGUGAUCAUGGAGCCCAAGAAAGUAAAAUCUCUCACUACCUCCAUUUCUUCCCCUUCUAUUUGCCAGGAGGUUAUGUUGGGAGGCCAACAUAAUAUAUAAUAAUUUAUUACUUAUACCCCACCCAUCUGGCUGGGUUUCCCCAGCCACUCUGGGCGGCUUCCAACCGAAUAUUAAAAACAAUACAGCAUCAGACAUUAAAAACUUCCCUAAACAGGGCUGCCUUCAGUUGUCUUUUAAAAGUAAAAUAGUUGUUUAUUGCCUUGACAUCUGCUGGGAGGGCGUUCCACAGGGAGGGCGCCACUACUGAGAAGGCCCUCUGCCUGGCUCCCUGUAGCUUGGCUUCUCGCAGCGAGGGAACCUCCAGAAGGCCCUCAGCGCUGGACCUCAGUGUCCAGGUAGAAUGAUGGGGGUGGAGAUGCUCCUUCAGGAAUACAGGACCGAGGCUGUUUAGGGCUUUCAAGGUCAGCACCAACACUUGGUUCGCCUCCAGGUGUGCAGGGGAAAUUCUUUUUACUCGCCCGGACAUUAGGCAAUCAUAUGAGCAGCUGCUUUUAGUAAAUAAAAAUAAAACCAGCAUCUUAUCUCCCGCCUUUACUCUGGGUGUCUUUUUCGACGUAUUUGUGUUCAUGCUGUUGUGAACUGGCCUCCUAUCAAAUCCAGCAAGGUGAACGGUGGCAUCUUGGCAUUUUUAAGUCAGCCUUUGCCAACCGGGCACCCUCCAUGUGUUGUUGGGCUGCAGCUGCCCUCCUCCCCAGCCAGGAUCACUGUGCUGCUCCAAACCUUGGCGUCCUACGGCUUUGCUGCAGAUAAUAGCCCAAAGGAGCAGCUCGGAGUUAAACUGUGGAACUCCCCGCCACAGGAGGCAGCCAUGGCCACCAACUUAGAUGGCUUUAAAAGAGGAAUAGACCAAUUCAUGGAGGAGGCGAUGGCUCUCGAAGGCUCCUAGCCAGGAUGGCUCUGCAGUCGGAUGCAGCAAUGCUUCUGAAUGCCAGGUGCUGGAAACCACAGGAAGGGAGAGUUUCUCUUCUAUUUUAAUCCUGCUUGUGUGUUUCCCAUUGGGGCAUCUAGUUGGCCCCUGAGAGAACAGGGUGAAAUAAGGCAAUGACAGUUAAGGAUUUGGGAAUAUUGGAUCUGUUUUUAAAUGUUUGUGGUUUACUUUUGUUUUUUGGAUUUUGAUGUGUUUUGUCUUUGUCUAUUUUUUUUUAUUGAUUUGUAUUGUUUGACUGCUGUUUGCUUUUCCCUUGUUUUCUCUUCUUCUUUGUCUCUUUGUUUUUUCUGUAACUUUAAAAUGCUUAAUAAAUAUCAUUUAAAAAAAAAAGAGAGAGAACAGGGUGCUGGGCUACAUAAGCCAUUGGCCUGGUCAAGCAGGCCGUUCCUAUGUUCUUAUGGAACCUCCAGGCCCAGAGCAUAGAUGUCAACUUGCAGAUUUGAAAAUAAGGGACCAGCAGCCUCAAAAAUAAGGGAUCAGCAGCCAAAAUAAGGGAUUUUGCGAACACAGGUAUGUUCAGCUUCUGAGCCCCUCCGAGCCAAAGGCAGAAAGCCCUGCCAGCAGCCAAACGAAGCCUCAAGCGGUGAUUCCCACAGCGCAGCAACCCGGCAAAGGGGAUGCAGCAAGGAAAACCACCGUCACCUCUCCGCUGGGAAGCGCUGAGCAAAGGCAAGUCCCCAGGCAACGCAGCCGAUUUGAUUGGCACAAGGCAUGCAAGCUCCACCCCCCCAGCCGUUCAUAGACUCCUUAUUGGGUGAGCAACGCAGCCAAGCAACACAGUUGGAGCCUCCCUCCUCCCUGGCCGGCAGGCAGGGAGGGAGAGGAGCUGCUUCCUUUGAAACCCGGGAAAUUUAAGGGACAUCAUCAAUAAGGGACAGCAGCGGGACACGGCGCUGGGAUAAGGGACUUUCCCGCCAAAUAAGGGACGCUUGACAGCUAUGGACCAGAGGCAGUCUGUCUCAAUUUCUUGGUUCUUAGGGGCGUUUGGCCUCUGGGAGGCCAGACUAGAUGGAGGCUCUUUGGCUUGAUCCAACAGCUGGGCUCCUCUUAUCUUCUUAUCAGGGCACCAGGUUGCCAAAGGCUGCUUGAGUCAAGGUGGGACUACUACCCUCUGGGGCUGAUUUCUAUAUAUAUAUAUAUAUAUAUAUAUAUAUAUAUAUAUAUAUAUAUACACACACACAUUAUUAUUAUUAUUAUUUAACACAUCAUUUCCAACAAUCAUAUAACAUAACUUCUUAUCUUACACAAUAUUUUAGACUUCCGUCAACACCUCUGAUGAUUUUCCGUUCUUUACCACUUUCUCUGCAUUUCUUAAUUUCUCUUUUACUCUUAAUUAUCAUUAACUAAUAAUUCUCCUCAUAGUCUUUCUUGCAAUAUUUCAAAUAGUCCUCCUUACAGAACAUCUUGCAGUCCUGCUAGCGUAAUCUGUUCAUUACAAUUGCUUUUCAAAUAGUUCAUGUAUUUAGUCUUCUAAGAAUCUCUGGUCCCGCAGCUUUCGAAUCCUUUCAUUAAUUUAUCCAAUUCUGCAUAGUCCAUCAACUUCAUCCACCAUUCUUCUUUUGUCGGUAAUUCUUCUUGCUUCCGUUUUUCCUCUGGGGCUGAUUUCAGGUGUCCCGGCUGCUUCUCCCCAUAGAUCCUGCAGCCUGCAUCAACUGCGCCUGGGCUGUAUCCCGUGGCCUCCUGCUAACCUCUCCCUUUCUCGGCCCCUAGGUGAAGGAGCUGGGCAUGGCUAUCUACAACUGCAGCUGCCUGGCCCAGGACUUGGGGAAGAUGUUCGAAGCCUACUGGGCUCUGGGUCUGUCCAACGCCACCAUCCCGUCGCCCUGGCCGGCCAAUUACUCCACCUCCUAUAACAAGGAGACGCCGCUGGAGCUGGAGCUGAACGGCACGGAGGCCGGGGUCUACUUCACGGUGAGAUGGGAAGGCAGGGGCUCCCUCUGCUCAAUACCCCCUGCUCCAGUCUCUGCUGGCAUCCUUUGUGCUCAGAUGCCGGGGGCCGACUCGCGGGGGUUUCCUUUACGAUACGAUACGAUACCUUUAUUGUCAUUGUCCCAUACAGAACAAUGAAAUUGAAAAAUCUACAUAAGACAUUCAAAAACCCCUAAAAACUCUGAAACCCCACUUUAAAAUACAAUAUACUCCCAUAGAGACUCCUUAUACCAGAAUUGCAUUUGGGUAGAAACUGUUUCUCAGGCGGCCAGUCCUAGUCUUUAUAACCCUGUACCUUCUUCCAGAAGGCAGAAGCUGAAAGAGAUCAUUUCUGGGGUGCGCACUAUAUAAUAAUAAUAGUAGUAGUAGUAAUAAUAAUAAUAAUAAUUUAUUAUUUAUACCCCGCCCAUCUGGCUGGGCUUCCCUAGCCACUCUGGGCGGCUUCCAAAAAAAUAUUAAAAUAUUAAAAUCCUGCGCUAUCUCUGCAGCUUUCUUAUGACACCUGGAAGCUUAGAUUUGAUCCAAGGUGGGAAGAGUGCACCCAAUUAUUCUCUCUGCAGUCUUUACAACCCUGGACAGCGUUGUUUAGUCCCUGACCGUGCAGCUCCCAAACCAGACCAUAAGUUAAUACACUCUCCACACUACAGUGGUAAAAUGCCAUCAACAGGUCCUUUGAGAGCUUGUUUUUCCGGAGGAUUCUCAGAAAAUAUAACCUCUGCUGUGCUCUGUUCAUCAGGUUUUUUUGCUGUUUUCUCCUUUAACUGUUUGGUUCCGUAAAACAAUUUUUUAUUAUUUCUGAGAAACUGACAUAUAUCGGGUUGCAGCUAAACCUAUGGAUUCUGCCUCCAUUUGCCGGCCAUUUGUUCCUUACCCAACAGGAAAGUCACAGAGGUGGCAAGUCCCUAUGAAAUGUGGCUUUGUUUGGCGUUCAUAACAUUUGGUUUGCACUCUUUCUGUAUCAGGUUUUUGCCGUAGCAAAUAAUUCAGUCAUUGGUCUCUAAAGAACACACAUUAUUUCACAAGGUAACGGCAUUGGCCCCUGGUUAGGUUUUUCGGUGCUUUCCUCCCUUUAUUUCAUAUUUCCUCCUGGAUUGUUACUUUAGCUCAUGGGUAGGCAAACUAAGGCCCGGGGGCUGGAUCCGGCUCAAUUGCCUUCUAAAUCCGGCCCGCAGAUGGUCUGGGAAUCAGUGUGUUUUUACAUGAGCAGAACGUGUGCUUUUAUUUAAAAUGCAUCUCUGGGUUAUUUGUGGGGCAUAGGAAUUUGUUCAUUCCCCCUCAAAAAAAAUAUAGUCCAGCCCUCCACAAGGUCUAAGGGACAGUGGACCAGCCCCCUGCUGAAAAUGUUUGCUGAACCUGUGCUUAACUCCAUAGCAAAGUCCUGAAGAUUCAAUAAAAAAUUAAAAACCUCAUUCUGAAAAAAACCCUGCCCAGGCAGCCCAGGAUGUCAACCGUGUGCCUGACUUUUGGGUACCGGUCCUUCUCCUCCUUUCCUGAGUCUCUUUUCCCUCUGCCUGCCUCCAGAGUGCCCCCCCUGCGCUGUGCGCCACGGGGCGGACGGAGGACCUCCAGUCCCUGGUGAGCAUCAUUGAUGACGCCGAUGAGUUUGUUCACAUUGAGGUGAUGAGCUACCUGCCCACCAUGGAGUUCUCGCACCCCAAGAGGUAAGUGUGUAGCUGAUGGGGCAGCUCUUCUCCCUCCCCUCCCUUGGCUGUGGGAAGGAUAAGCUUUACAAACCAAGAAGCACCAGCCGGGAAGCCGUUGCAGAGGCUCCUGCUGAUGCAACAGGGCUUCUCCUUCUGCCUGCCUCCCCCAAAUCCACUCUGGGGAAGAGCCAGAAUAUGGGGAGGUCAUUCCGCCUGGCAAGCAGAAAUGAAUUGUACAGUUGGGUGGCCAGGUAAUGGUAAAGGGAGCCCUACCAUUAGGUCCAGUCGUGGCCGACUCUGGGGUUGCGGCGCUCAUCUCACUUUAUUAACCGAGGGAGCCGGCGUCCAGCUUCUGGGUCAUGUGGCCAGCAUGACAAAGCCACUUCUGACGAACCAGAUCAGCGCACAGAAAGAACAUUUACCUUCCCGCUGGAGUGGUACCUAUUUAUCUACUUGCACUUUGACGUGCUUUUGAACUGCGAGGUUGGCAGGAGCAGGGACCAAGCAACGGGAGCUCACCCCAUCGCAGGGAUUCGAACCGCCGACCUUCUGAUCGGCAAGUCCUAGGCUCUGUGGCUUAACCCACAGUGCCACCCGCGUCCCUUAUGGCACCAUAGCACCUCUCAAUGUCCAUCUUAUGCUGUCCCCGUUCGAGGGGUGCUAGACCAGUUGGCAGGCUGCCCCACGUCAGAGGUGGCAGUGCAGGAUGUGGCCCCGACACUCUUGCUUCCUUCUUCCCGUUCAGGUUCUGGCCAGUGAUUGACGACCACUUGCGGAAGGUAGCUUACGAAAGGAGAGUCCGUGUGCGACUAUUGGUCGGAUGCUGGAGGCACUCCAAGGCCAAUAUGUUCCCCUUUCUGCGCUCCCUGGCUGCCAUGCACGACGUCCGCACCCACUACAACAUGGAAGUGGUAAGGACACCCCCAAUGGCUGGGACGGGGCUCCCCAGCCCUGGAAGACUGGGCUCCAGGGCCGUCUUAAGCAUAUCCGGCACUGUGGUGCAAAAAUCCCUCCCCCUCCCUCCGUUUCCCAGAGUUGUUGACCUUUUCCCAAGCCUCUGUGAGGAUUGCUCUAUUGGUAAAACCUAUUGGUGUUUCGCAACUUUCUGACUAGUUGCAGGACCUUAGCCAGACCUAGCAGAGUAAACGCAGAAUCCAUGGAAGCAAUUGGUGACUUGGCUGCAGACAAGAUAGAUGAAGCAGGAAGCAGGAACUUGUAGUUAGGUGUUUAUUAUAUACAGUGGUGCCUCGCAAGAUGAAAUUAAUUCGUUCCGCGAGUUUUUUCGUCUUGCGGUUUUUUUCGUCUUGCGAAGCACGGUGUCGGAAAAGUUUUGGAAAAGCUUCAAAAAUCACCAAAGUCUUCAAAAACCUCAAAAAAGGCUACCACACCGCGUGCUAUGAGUUGCUCCUCGAAGUCAAGUCGCAACUGUAUUAACGGUUUUAAGAAAAAGGAAACAAACUUGCAAGACGUUUCCGUCUUGCGAAGCAAGCCCAUAGGGAAAAUCGUCUUGCGAAGCAACUCAAAAAACCAAAAACCCUUUUGUUUUGCGAGUUUUCCGUCUUGCGAGGCAUUCGUCUUGCGAAGUACCACUGUACAGUGGACUAUUUACAGGAACAGAACACGGAUCUUUUGCUAGCUCUCUCUGACACGACUCACAACUCCUACACUGACACACUUAACCACUGAACUCACGAACUCCGAACUAACGCAUUCCAGUUAGUAGGCCAUUAAUUAUCAUUCCCUUGAGAGAGCUUGACCAAUCAGGGAGCGGUCUCCAUGUCUCUGUUAUCUCCAGGCAGACUUACUCCUUCAGAUUGCCUUCUGGCUGUCUGCCAAACCUUAACUGACUCUUUGUGAGUAGCUGCACGUACACAGUUUCCCAACACGCUCUCCUCCCGUGUAGGCUUGGGAAGGAAGCUGCACGUCGGCCAGCCAUAUACUUGGUGGGGUGCAGCUUCUAUCCUAAGGCUCCGCAGGAGGAGAGCCAUACCUGCAAAGGCUUAGGAUGGAAGCUGCGCCCCAUCAACUAGAGGGCUGGCAGACGUGCAGCUUCCUUCCCAAGACAAUCUGGAAACAGUGGCUCAUGUUCUCCUGUCCCCUUUAUAAAGAUCUGAGGAAUGAGAUCAUCACCCCACUCUUACUUACCAUCCCAGGCCGCCCAUCUGCGGCCACAUUGUUCUUUUUUUUAUCAGAUCAAAAUGAUCAGACUACAGCAAAGGUUGCUAGGUUUAUCGAGGGUGCAAUGAGAUUAAGGGCCACUAUCUGAACGAUAAGCUUGGUCUUUUGAUUGCCCUUUUUACCCAUUUCCCCCCCCCCCCCCCAAUUUUUAAAAUUAAUUUUCAAAAAUUUAAAACAAACAAACAUAGAGACACACAUACAUGCAUCCUGUUAAAAUAUUGCUAACAUAAUUAAGUGACUUCCUCAAAUCCCCUUGGUUGAAUUUCAUUAUAUAUCAUUUUAACAAUUUUCCAAAAUCGGUUUUCUCAAAAAAUUAACUUGGUCACUUAACAUCUUUCAUUCUUUCUAAUUUAACUUUAAACACCUAAAAUCUUAUCCUUACAUAUUUAAAUCCUAAGCCUAUCUAUUAUUUGCAAGCUUUCCCAAUUAAGUUAUCUUAACAUAUUUAGCUAAAUAGUCUUUGAAUUUCAUCCAUUCUUCCUGAUACCUUUUUACCCAUUGUUGUCUUUUUAAUUGUAUGUAUUGCUUGUUUUAUGUUGCUAUGGCCGUUGGCUAAUGUGAAUAAAGUUUAUCUAUCUUCCUUCCCAAGUCUCCGCGGGAGGAGAGUGAUCCUCGCAGAGGCUUAGGAUGGAAGCUGCGCCCCACCAACUAGAGGGCUGGCGGGCGUGCAGCUUCCUUCCCAAGCCUCCGCGAGAGGAGAGCGAUCCCCGCAGAGGCUAGGGAGGCAAGCUGCACGCCUGCCAGCCACAUGGGCAUGCAGGGAAAGGGGAAGCCGCCGGCAAAGCCACGCAGCUCCCCCACUCACUAGGGUGCCCCUGAGAGGCCGGCGCCCUGGCGUGACGCACCACUGGGGGGACGCACCCAAUGGGGAAGACGGCUCUGCCGGGCUCCCUGGAGAGCCAUUUCUGCUUGCCUCCCAGCUGCCUCCUCUGCGUGCCAAGCACCCCCACCUCUUCCACACGCACCCCAGUUUUGUCUUUCUCCCCUUCCCCUCCGCCAGAGGCUCUUUGUGGUCCCAGCCAAUGAGUCGCAGGCCAAGAUCCCCUACGCCAGAGUCAACCACAGCAAGUUCAUGGUGACGGACAAGGUGGCUUAUAUUGGUGAGUAGUUUGAGGGGCGGGGGCAGUCGUAAAGGGGAGGCCAGUUGAGGCAGAACGCUUUGCCGGGGACUAGCAGGGGCAAAAACUGGACAGCAAUGAGAGAGGGAGAGAAGCAGCCAUAAGGGGGAGAACAGAAGGGACUAAGGGGAGUUCACUGGAGGCCCAUCCCAUCCAGAUGCCUUUUGGGGAAACUUGGAAACAGGAUCCGAGCCCAAUAGCUCUCUCCCCUCCUGUGGUUUCCAGUGGCUGUUGUUCAGGAGCUCUGCUGCCUCCGACCGGCUAGGAGCCAUCGAUAACCCUCUCCACCUCCAUGAAUUGGUCCCAUCCUCUUUUAAAUCCAUUCACUUUGGUGGCCAUCUCUGGUUCCUGUGGCAGGGAGUUCCACAGUUUCACUCCAUGCUGCUUGAAGGUGGACUUUUCUGUUAUCAGUCCUGAAUCUCCCAACAAUCAGCUUCAGGGAUUGUCCACAAGUUCUAUUGUGAGGAAGAAAAAACGUCUCUCUCGCCACUACCUCCCUGCCAUGCAUAUUUUUUUAAAUAAAGCUUUAUCACGUCGCCUCUUCCUCGCCUUUUCAAUAAAACUGAAAAGCUCCAAGCGCAGCCCCCUUUCCUGCUUCACCCCCUCGAUCAUGCGGGCAGCCCUUUCCCGAACCUUUCCCAAUUCUGUAAUAUCCAUUUUGAGACCAGGCGACCAGAACCGUAGAUGAGCAGCCGUCGAUAGGCUCCUUCUCCACCACGAAUUUGCCUAGCCCGCCUGGUCCAGCACCCUCUUCUCACGGUGGCGGAACAAUUGCUUGUGGGAAACCAGCACUCAGGAUUCGAACACAGAGCUCCCCCCUUCCUGUAGCUUCCAGCAGCUGGGAUUCAGAAGCACGGCUGCCUCCCGCUGCGAACGCCAUUGUCAUCAAGCUUUGUUGCAGAACGCAGGACUCUUAAGCGUUUAUUUUCCCUUCCUUUCUGGCAGGAACGUCCAACUGGUCUGGGGACUACUUCCUCCGCACGGCGGGGUCCGCCCUGGUGGUGAACCAGAGCCACGUGGGGGCCGGGGAGCAGCCCACGGUGCGCGAUCAGCUGCAGGCGGUGUUUGAGCGGGACUGGAACUCCAGAUACAGCCAGGAGCUGAGCUUGCCGGGCCAGUGGGAGCAGCUCUGCGGCACCUACUAG